AUGGAUAAUGUUAAAGCUGUCAAGGAUAUUCUUAGAAGUUAUGAGAUGGUUUCUGGCCUGAGAAUCAAUUUUGGUAAUAGUCAAUUUGGAGCAAUUGGGCAAUCUGAUGAGUGGUGCUGUCUUGCUGCUGACUACUUGAACUGUGCCCUACUGCAUUUUCCCUUCUACUAUCUAGGGUUGCCUAUAGGAAUCAAUCCGAGAAGGAAGGUGGUGUGGGAGCCUAUAAUCAGAAAAUUUGAGGCUAGGUUCAUGUUGCUGCGAUGGUCACAGAAUCAACUUCAAGGAACGAUACCACUUCAGGAAACAAACAUGCAGAUGAUGAAAACCUUGUUGCUGUUGCAGGGGACAGUGAAUCGGAUGCUGUUGAAGGAUAAUCAGUCACACUCACACAUGGUGGAGCGGUUUCAAAGAGUGCAUUGCGUGUUUUGA